AUGAGUGUUGACAAGACAGUCUUAACAAGAUUCUUUGAUAGAUAUCUCAAUUUCAAAAGAUACAAUCACGAUAAUGAUUUCAGUUUGAAAGGACUCGACAUCACCGGACUAUUGCCUAUUGCAGAUUUGCGAGAUGAACAACCAAAAGCACUUUUACUUUUCAAUGUCGUAGAUCAUUUCAUGGAUGAUGGACAAUCUGAAGAUCAAAUCAAGUUAUACAAUGCAUUUAUGUUAUAUGUAUUCAAUAAUCUAUCAGACUGUAGUGAUUCUACAGAGUUGGAAGAAAUAGUCAAGAUAUUUUCGAAUUUGGAUGAGGUAUUUGAUGUCAAGCUACAUUGUUUCGAUUGGAUUGUAAGCAACUUAUCAACUCUCAACAAGUUUAAAUUUCAACUGCUCUUCAUGGUAUUGAAAAAGAUUGGCAAUAACCAGAGCAUCAUUAACACAUCAAUAUCCAAUACAAUAUUAAGAGGUAUCAUUACAUUCUAUGAUACCAUAGAGCUGGAGGAUUUGAAAUCGUUGAGAUGGUUGGGUAAUCUAUUCGACUCUAAGGAUGCUGAGAAUAUCGAGUUGGUUAGCACUUUUUUAAAUAAUUUAUGCACUUCUGUCUCGCCCAAUGAAGCUUUAAUCGAUGUUGUCUAUUCUCUUUUCUACCGAUUACUAAACGCUGCAGAUAUAUUCAAUCAUUUCUGUUUGCCAGAGAAUGUAAAUGGUGUUGAACUCGGAAAUUACUCAAUCUACUUGAUGUGCUUGGAGAUUGACUCUCAAUUCUUGGUAUCCGAUGACCUAGGUCUCGUUGACUAUCUAAUUUAUAGGAUCAGCUACAAUUCCACUCAGUCAUUGAUUAUUCUUGAUGCUUAUAUCAACAGAUCGAUUGCCAUACCCAGACGUCUCUAUGAACACCUUGCAACCAUCUCAUUCAAUAGAGGCACAGUUUACAACGACGUUGAUUUCUCUCUCAAUCCCGUGGCUUUGGAGAUUGUUGACCGACCUGACAACGAGAAGAUCACUAUUCUCAAAGUGCUUCUACAUCUUUAUAACGACUAUACCACACCAAGUACCACUACAGUUCCGUACGAAUAUCACGAUCCACUGUUCAUCGCCGCAUUUCUCAAUAUGUUUGAGUUGUUCAACACGCCAAUGUACAUUGAAGAGUCGAUUAUUAUGAUUCAACGCUUUUUCGAGUCAUUUACUGUUGAUGAGUUCGCCAAGCCUCUUCCUAUUAUAUCGAUCAAUCUCUUCGAGUUAUUUGAACACACAACAACAUUUUCUUAUAGAAUGCCCCUGUAUGUAGGGAAGCUGUUGAUGUCUCUCAGUGAAAGUCAUGUUACUGUGAUUCACGAUGUCAUUGAAUACAUUGGUUCUGACUACUGUUUAUUCAGUAGAGCGCCUCUAUCUUUAUUGGACCGUGAUAUUGGCUUUAUCCCAGAGGCUGAGAGGAUCAGUUGUCUAGAGAAUCUGGAGGUUCUCACAGUCACAUUCAUUCUUAUAGAGAUGUAUUUCGAUUUUAAUCCAAAUCUUUGCAUAAAUUCAUUGGAUAAGUUAAAGAUUAACCAAAUGAAAAUCAAUAGAGAUAUUAUCCAGCUAUUCCAAACAACUUCAAUUAAAUCGGUCACUGUUAUAGGAUACAGCUUUGAAAAUAUCAUUGAUAUCAUUAAGCAUAUUGGAGAUUCCACUAAGAGUAUCACAAUUAUUCACAGAACAGAGGUGUUUAUGAGCCAGGCUGAGUUUACAGAGUCACUCAACCAAAUCAUGCAAAUUCUCUCACAUCCAAAGUUUAAAUCAGUCCAAGAAAUUAAGUUCAAGGCAAGCUAUUGUGGUAGAGAUUACCCAAUGUUGAACGAGGCGAUCAUACAGUCAGACUUGAUCGAUUUUAAGCAAUUUAAAUAUACUGUCGACAACAAGUAUCUUACAAAAUACAGACUGGCACAAGAUGAAAUAGAUAAUCAAGUUUCAUUUGAUAUUAGUUUAGAAAAUUCUUCUGAUACAAUUACAACUGUGGAAAAAGAUGAUAGUUGGUGUAGUUCAGGAUAUGCUUAG